AAAAUUAGAAAUUAAUUUUACAGCAACCAAACAUUAGACAGAAAAUGCUUAGGACAAUAAUAUUUCAUAUAUACUCGCCUAGAAAUUACAAAGAAACACCGUGGACUUGUUCUCCACUCUCCAAUACGCCCUCAAAACAGGAUAUGAAACGCGCACAGUAUAUUAUACAGUAAAAACUCAAGAAAAUGAACGAGGAAUAACAAAAGUGAAAAAAAAAUAAUCUUUCCAUAAAUGGGCUGCCUCACAAUUUACCCAAAUUCAUGUAUUAAUCAAGAAAAGUUCGCAGACACGUAAUUCUGAGUUUCUACUUUCUAUAGUUAACAGUCCACACACAGUUUUGAAGAUAUUUUUUGAACAAAAAUCGUUCUUCCUUAUUUCUUCGUCAGCUGAAAUCUGUGUACGAGAACCAAAUUCGAUUGUCUUUCCCUUACAGUAACAGUUGACUGAAACAAAAAGAGGGUCUUUCGGAUUUUAUCGUGCUCUGUUUUGUGUGGAUUUUGACAAUGGCGGGCGAAAAGGAGGGCACGACAAGAACUCUUGAGCAGACCCCGACAUGGGCCGUGGCCGGAGUUUGUGCUGUAAUUAUAGUCAUCUCGAUUAUCUUAGAAAAGGUUCUUCACAAAGUUGGAACGUGGCUAACGGAUAGGCACAAGAAAGCGCUUUAUGAGGCAUUGGAGAAGGUCAAAGCCGAGUUGAUGAUUCUCGGUUUUAUCUCGCUAUCACUUGUGUUCAGUCAAUAUUACAUUGCCGAAAUCUGCAUUCCCGAAAGUGUUGGUAAUACAAUGUUGCCUUGCCGAAGGAAAGACAAUGCUAAGGAAGAACAUAGGCGUAGGUUAUUGUCAUACGAGCGAAGGGUUUUAGCUGGUGGUGGAUAUGCUACUUGCAAGGAGGGGAGUGUAGCACUUAUAACUGUAGACGGGCUGCACCAAAUACAUAUCCUUAUAUUCUUUUUAGCAGUAUUUCACGUUAUCUACAGUGCUAUAACUAUGGCUCUCGGAAGACUCAAGAUCCGUGGCUGGAAGCAGUGGGAACAGGAGACUUCAUCUCAGAAUUAUGAAUUUUCAAACGAUCCUUCAAGAUUCAGGUUGACUCACGAGACAUCUUUUGUGAGGGCACACACUAGUUUCUGGACUCGGAUUCCAGUCUUCUUUUAUAUUGGAUGCUUUUUCCGGCAAUUCUUUCGGUCUGUGAGCAAAUCUGAUUACUUGACCUUGCGCAAUGGGUUUAUUAGCGUUCAUUUGGCACCUGGAAGCAAGUUCGAUUUCCAAAAGUACAUUAAGAGAUCCCUAGAAGAUGACUUUAAGACUGUUGUGGGAGUAAGUCCUGUGUUGUGGGGAUCAUUUGUGGUGUUCUUGCUCUUAAAUGUUCAAGGAUGGCAGACACUUUUUUGGGCAUCCUUGAUUCCUUUAAUUUUAAUCUUAGCCGUGGGUACAAAGCUACAAGCUAUUUUGACGAAAAUGGCCCUUGAGAUAACCGAGAGGCAUGCAGUAGUCCAGGGCAUACCUCUCGUGCAAGGUUCUGACAAAUAUUUCUGGUUUGGUCGGCCUCAGUUGGUUCUUCAUCUUAUACACUUUACGUUAUUCCAGAAUGCUUUUCAAGUGACAUACUUUUUGUGGAUUUGGUAUGAAUUUGGUUUACAGUCUUGCUUCCACGACAACUUUGGACUUAUAAUCGCAAAAAUUGGUUUAGGGGUUGGAGUCCUAUUCUUAUGCAGCUACAUUACACUUCCUCUUUACGCCUUAAUUGCUCAGAUGGGGUCCAACAUGAAGAAAUCCAUAUUUGACGAGCAAACCUCGAAAGCCCUUAAGAAGUGGCACAAGGCCGUGAAGAAGAAGCACGGGCAAGGAGGUCGGUCCCCGGCAAGCCCAACAUCCUCAAUGGGUUCCCCUUUCCACCCGACCCUCCGCCGUUUCAAAACAACCGGCCACUCGACCCGGUCAAUGGGGUUUGACGAUGCUUCGGAUCUUGAGGAACCAACCACACCUCCCAAGCCAACAACUAGCUUGAUCAUACGGGCCAACCCCCAGCCCACGGGCCGUGAUGGCCAUCUCGAUGUGGAUGACACGAGGGAUGAGGAUGACUUCUCAUUCGCUAAACCGGGGCCCAAUAGCAUUGCCAAGUGAAUAAGGGGUUUAGUAGAGUAUUUGUUCAUUAGAGUAUUCGUCCAGAGAGAAUUUGCAAUUGUAUUCCAAAAUAUAUCACAUAUGGUAUCUGUAGAGGAUGAAAAAAAUAUAACUUUUGAUUAUGUAUUUUUUCAAUAUAAAUUAACACAAAUUGUUAUAUUUUAUGAAUUAUUUAAAAAUAUCUUGUAACAACCAAUAAGAAUGGGACAAGUGUUCUAUUCCCGUCUACAACCUUAGUGACUGGGUAGUCCAACAUUAUGAUUUUUGGGGUUUUAUUUUUUUUAUUUAUUUAUUUUUUGUCUUUUAGACGAUGACCCAAGAAUCGGGUGAGCGAUAAAGAGGCUUAUUUGUUUCAUGUAAUAAGAUGAGAUUAGAUUAUGUUGAAAUUCAGAAGAGGAGA